CUGAGGAGGCGGCGAAAAGUAACCGGUGGCGGUCGGCGAAUCCGAAGAGAGAUUUUGGUGGUCUCUCUCUGUGGUCAGAUUCUGACUGGCUCACACUGCCCUCUUUCUUUCCCCUGCGGCAAUUCUUUUCUCUACGCCGGAGCGCGGAUCAUCUCCGCCGCACCCUGCUCCUCGUUUGCUAGCCGUUGAGUUUUUUGUUUUUUUGCAAUUGACAGCCUAUCAUUUGCGCGCAAUUUUCCUUCCAUCUCCACCCUUGAUCAGUUUCCUUUUGCACUCCUCACAGGAAUGGAAUGUAAAAAAAGAACCCUAAGCAAACAACAACCAACUCCACACUUUGUCCUCGUCUUCUUGUUCUAUGCCUCAACUUCCAAUCUUUGUUUCCUCAGAUGAGUGAUUGACUUAGACUUUCGAUGCCUCUUCCUGUUCUUCUUCUUAUUAUUUUUUAAUUAAUUAACUCACUACCCACUCCAGUUUUCUCCGUUUCUUCCCCAUUCCGUUCACUUUGAUAAAGCAAGGAAACGCACUGCUGGCAGAAGAAGAAAUAAUCUAUUUCAUCGUGGCCUCCGCCGUCUCCCAGUUCAAGAACCUCCUCUGCAUCCGCCGUUUCGCCUUCCACCGGCGAUCAGAUGGUGGAGAGGAGUCUCGACGGGGAUGGAGCGCAAGCACUGGCGAUCGACGUACCACGGAAAUGGCACGAUGUUUUCUGGUCAGGGAUCUUUACAGUUCAUCUCGUAGGAAUAGGGUUUGCUCUUGCUAUGUUGGGCUUCAAUAGGUUCCGGGGGAAGAAUAGGUUUCAUCUCUAUAUGUAUCGUGGCGAUGGCCGUCAUGGGUGGGGUUACACUGAGGAUUACUGGCCCAUUUAUGCUCUGGCUGGCGGAAUUGGGACUCUACUUGGUUGGGCUUGGUUGUUGAUGCUUGGUUCUUUUGCCAAUCAGAUGAUGAACAUCGCUGUUCAUAUCUUGACCACUUAUCUUGCCGUGAUUAGUGUCCUGUGUUUCUGGUCUGAGCAGUUUUCUGGGGUGUGACCUUUGCUAUUGGAGCUGGAUUGCAGUUUUUGUAUGUUAUUUCUGUUAUAGACAGACUUCCUUUUACCAUGCUGGUUCUGCAAAAGUCAGUGAAGAUGGUGGGGAGUCUUCCUGAAGUCAUUAGAGUUGCAUAUGCAUUCAUGCUAGUAGUGCUUUUAUGGAUGGGAUUAUGGUCUUUUGGGGUUGCUGGAGUGCUGGCUUUGAACUUGCCAGAUGGCGGUGGCUGGUGGCUUCUUUUGGUUUUGGCAAUAAGCUUGUUUUGGACGGGUGCAGUGAUAUGUGAUAUGGUACAUGUUAUAGUUUCUGGAAUGGUGUUCCUUGUUCUCAUCCACGGUGGCCGAGAAGCUGCAUCAAUGCCUGCCAACUCCUUGAUGAAGGUUAUAAGAUACACUCUCACAACCUCCUUUGGCAGCAUUUGCUAUGGUUCACUAUUCACUGCUGCAAUUCGGACAUUGCGUUGGGAGAUCAGAGGGUUGAGGUCAAAGAUAGGCAAGAAUGAGUACUUGCUUUGCUGUGUUGAUCUUAUGUUUCAUCUUGUGGAGACUCUUGUCCGUUUCUUCAACAAGUAUGCCUAUGUCCAUAUAGCUGUAUAUGGGAAAGGGUUUAAUCGGUCAGCAAGGGAUGCGUGGGAGCUAUUUCAGUCAACUGGAGUUGAAUCACUGGUUGCAUAUGAUUGUUCAGGUGCUGAUCUUUUGAUGGGAACACUAUUAGGUGGGCUUAUCACAGGGACUUGCGCGGCAAUAUGGACUCAUAUCAAGUGGGAAGCCAAGAAUGAGAGAAUACUCAUGGUGGGAUCCACUGCAAUGUUGAUGGGGAUGGUCUUGGUUGGAGUUGCAAUGGUGGUGGUUGAGAGCGCCGUUACGUCGAUGUACAUAUGUUACGCAGAAGACCCAUUGUUAAUCCACAGAUGGGAAUGGGAUGCAGAAUUCUUCAGCCAGUUGUCCGAAGCGUUGCACCAGCGCCUUCGACACAGAAGUGCUCGAGGGCGGGAAGCAUUGACCCAGAAUAGGUUUGAUGUUAACAUACAAGAAUGAAGAAUCUGUAUCUCUUUGAUAACAACACUUGAUCAUCCCCGUCUUUGUGGAAGUGGGUUGGGGUGAUCAGGUUUCAAUCAACACACCAAGUGGGUUUUCCACUUCCAGUGUUUCAUCGUGUGAAAAUCAAUGUAACCCGUAUGACCAAAAAUAUGAAUUCGUGUACUGAUAUGAUAAAAAGUAACA